AUGUGCGUAUCCGAAGAGUUCGGAACUCGUUUCUUCGGAUGCAUACUCAACCUAUGGCUUCUUCCGUUGGUCUGCGGAGUCGGUGAGUUCUCGGUCCCUCAUAGUUCGGCUCGCAGUUUCAUUCAUUCUACUUGUUAUCGGCUAAUUGGACCCUUUUGCUAGCUUUUAUUCAUGGGAACCAUCAAGAUACUAAUGAGAGUAAACAACAAGAAAUUGCUUUUUGAAACGCAGCCAAAACAUCACUUUGUUCCGACUUCCGGCUUCCGUAAAGCCGUGAAGUGAUUUCAUAGAACUUUGCAAGAGAACGUCAAGUUUCACAAGUUUUCCGGUUUCCGAAUUCCGUCAAAUUGUCUCUAAUGGAUUCCGUUUUGCUCAUUUUUCCUAACUUAUUUUGUUUCUGUUUCAUUUUGACUCAAUAAAGCUCAGCAUGAACAAAAACCAAUUUUUGAUAUUCUGGGUUCAAUACCGGUCAUUCAAAGCGAUAUAUCUCAGUUGUCUGUAGAGAUAUCACAAACUUGUAAUCGAAUAAACUGCUUAGUAAGAAAUUCGCUAAAUUUUGACACUUGACGACUUUCUGAUAUCUCUACAGACAACUGAGAUAUAUCGCUUUAAUUGGACGGUAUUCGAUUACAGUUUCAGCAAUUCCAUAAAACUUGCGAAAAUGUCUGACUCUGUUGACAAUUUAGCAGAAUAAAAUUUUAAAAAAAUAAUUAAAAUUUCCAGGUCUGGUCCUGAACAUCGGCUGUCUGAUUGUAUUCUUCUCCACGAGAGGCCAUCCACUGGUUCCGGUGAGCUCGGAUCCUCCGGACUCUUUCCCAUUCAACACCCCAAUUUCAGGCCCUGAUAUUCCUUUCAUUCUGCGAUUGUCUCCAGUUAUUCUUCUCAUUUCUAGUCCUCUUUUUGCCCGCACUUCACGACUUUUCACAAUCGACACCCUACUCGACGCUAGGUCCGUUUCGGCCUCUUUCAUUUGAUCUUUGUCUCAUGAAUCGCUGGUUUCAGGUCAAAUGGCAUAUCUGUCCACGGGUCUCUUGUCUCCUCUUCUUUUGGCGUUCAAUUGUGCAAGUAUAUGGACGAUUUGCUUCAUUUCAAUUCAGAGACAUCGGGUAAGUCCAUUGAAUUGAAACUAUCGGGACAUUUAAAAGUGAAGGCGCUUCUUCCAGCAUUCAGAUUUCGCGGCCGAAAAAUUAGGCACCGGAGAUUACAAAAAGAGGGGUUUCACAUUGACGGCUCUAUAAAUAUAUUUGCCUAGUAUGUAAUGGAGAACAUUGUAGACUGCCCGGAAAGAACCCAUUGUGAAACAGUUCUUUGCAGGCGAUCCUCCGGCCGCUCUCGAGCAUAUCAUCGCCUUCGAAGCCGUUCAAACCGCUGCUCUUCAUCUCCGCAAUGGCUCUUCUGUUCAAUGCGUGCAAAUGGGCCGAAUUCCGAUGGUUCUGGUCGCAGGACCCCACGAAUUCGUCCGAAUAUCAAUUCAUUCUGGCGCACGAACCGUCGGAUUUGGCCCGAAAUGAGAACUAUCAUCGGGUGGUGAGUCUUCAACGGAUUUCAAGGAGAAUCAUUGUGUGGUUCAGCUCGACAAUCUCCUGUAUCCUUUGCUGGUUUAUCUGGUCCCACUGCUGCUCUUGUCGGUGCUCAACUUCAGAAUUCUCACGAACAUUUCCAAUCGGAGAGUUUCUUUCGAUCACAAAUCCCGGUUUGCACAGGUACGACGACUAGCUUGGCGAUAGAAUGAUCGAGAUGAUCGGAUGAAGAAAACCCCUUAUAAACAGAUUGAAACUGUGCUCUUUUCGUAGCAAAAAGUGUUCAGGAACGUCGUUCGGUCACCCUUCUCAUCUCGAUCGUCACAAUGUUCUUCUUGUGCCACACGGGCGGUCUCGCCUAUCGAUUCGUCGAUCAGGAGAAGUACAACAAUUCCGAGUUGUUCGUGCUGCUCAAGGAUAUCAUCAAUCUGCUUUUCAACGUUUACUCGUUCGCCAAUCCGCUCGUGAGUCUUUCUGAAAUGUCCCGAAACAACGACACCAAAAAACAGAAGUUGAUGAUUAUUGACAAAACGAAAAACGAAUCAUUCUCGAAAAAAUGGCUUCCUAUUUUCAGCUGUACUUUGUGUUCACCCGCCAAUUCCGCGAUCUCCGAACGAUGUGGCACUCGCACUUUGCGUCACCGGCCUCCCGAUCCGAGAGCUACGCGAUUACGGUAAGAGAGCACGCGCGCAGAGGGAGUGCGUGUUUUUGCGAAACGGAAAGAGCUCAAAGAGCACACCGGAUGAGCUUAUUUUGAGGCGAAUUGUUUUGAAAAAUACUAGAGGAAACGGGCGGGGAUGGAGCCAAUCGGAUGCGUAGUUCUUCGUCCGAUCAUUGGCAUCACUCGGAAACGUCUCUCUCUUUUUUUUCAGUCGGCCAAGUCGGGAAGUCACAAGCAACGUCAUCUGUCGAUGCCGUCGUUGUACCGUACUCCGUGCGUCAGCGGCAAACUUCUAGCCUAA